UCCUCACAGGCGACAAAUUUUACAAUUUUGCAAGGUGUAUCCGCCGGUGCUAGUCAGCUAAACUUUCCAACCGGUUCGCAGAGAAACAGUGCACCGAAAGCGCCAUGGUUCUAACGAACGAUGUUUAUCUGCCGACGGAGGAAGAGCUCACCGUUCCGGAGGUGAAUCUGUCGGGACCUGCCCUGCGAGCCGGUGCGUUCCAUAUGGGCAAAGCCUGCGAGGCGGAGAAUAACGAAUUCAUGCUGUGCCGCCAGGAGCUCAAGGACCCACGGGCUUGCAUCAACGAAGGCAAGGCAGUGACCAACUGUGCGUUGGAUUUCUUCCGAAAGGUGAAGAAGUCCUGUGCCCAAGAGUUUACCCAGUAUGCAAACUGCUUGGACAAGAGCAGCGGCGAUCUGAGAUUUGAAUACUGCCGCAAAACCCAGAGCGUGUUCGAUAAGUGCGCGCUGGACAACAUGCACAUUGAACGACCGGAUUAUGGCUACUUCACCAGGGCUAAGGUCCACGCUACGGAUCGUCCAGCACCGCCCAAGAAGGAGAAAACAGUGUAUCCGGAUGCUACGCCAGCUUUGCCCGAAGAUUAUCCACGGCCAGAGGCCAAGUACGGUUCUCGCUUCCAUUGGCUCAACUAGAAAUCGAACCGAAGUCGUCGACAGUCGGGCGUGAUGGAAAUCUGUGUAGAAAUUUGAUUGUUUUUAAAGUUGCUUCGAGGAGCGCUAUUCGAAAUACAUUAACAUUAUCAUGGAA